AUGUUAACACGAUCACGCUCCAAGGCGUUAAAUCAACCGGUUUUUAUUGAUGAAAAGUGGAAUGAUGCUUAUAUUCAGACAAAGGAUGAAGAAAUUGAUGCAAUGCUAGCAAGUAAUGGGUCAUAUAAUGGUUGGGGUGAAUUUGACGACGAAACUUUCAGUGUCAGCGAGGAAGAUGAUGCUGAUGACGUGUGGUAUUCUGAUUCCGACGAAUCAGAAGAGAAGGAAGAGGAUUGGUUGAAUCAACCGGAUAAAAGUUACUUGAAAUGGACGUUUUUUGAACAUUAUAUGACAGGUGGGAGUUUAUUCCAGAAUCUAGUAUGGACACUAGCAGCAAUGGGAGUAACACCUUUGUUACUUUAUAUCUCCUUACCUCAUUGUCCUGAUGUUAUGUGGCCACUCCAAAGUCCACGAUUGAUUGGCAUGGUGUCAAAAAUUGUAUUGAAUUUACUGACAUUCACAGUGGGAGGAGUGAUGAUAUACAUGACGUCGUGUAGUGUAGAGCCAUUGACAUUAAGUUCUGUAAUGUAUUGGAGACAAUUACAUGUUGAAAACCCAGGAGAAUGCAGAGAAAGACUGUUGCAUGAAGGAAAGACUCUUGGAAUAAGGAUCAUGGAGAUAUUGGCGAGUGGAUUACGUUCAGAUACGACUUUUCAACGCUUCAAUGACGACAUGUGGACAUUUGUAGCAAGCUUGGAUGCGUUAAUGGUGCGAAAAUUUGUGGCAUUGGUCGCUUUAAGUCUUGUCACAGUAACUUGUUUCCAUCGCGUUUGGGCCAAAAUACUCGUGCUUUUGACGGUAGUAGGUUGCGUGUUGUUCUAUGUAGUGACUGAAGUGAAGAUGCAACAUCAAUCAGCCGUUGAGAUUUAUUCUCUAGAUCCCACUUUUGCUUUUGCCAACGAAAGUAUCUUUGUUGCAAUUGACGGACAAAAUCUGGAGGAAGGUGGAUCCAUGGCGUGGGUGCCCUACUGGGGAGGAGCGCAUCAGAAGCCGGCAAGAGCUUGUCCAAAACACUAUCCGCAGCAGCUAAACAACGGUGGCGUACUCGUGACGUUUGAUCACGUUAAUGAGUAUAUUCCGUGCUAUCUCAGCGCCAAGGAAACUGCUUCUGCAAUUAUUGUUGACGGCGAGAUUGAGCCUUCUGAAGCGUUCCAAUGUUUUGAGAGCAUCCGGUUGCGUGUGAAGGACCCGAAAAGUGUGCCGGGUUGGUCACUCCAUCAGCACAACCAGGAGGAAGACCCGCUUUUUCCAAUCGAGAAGCAAGAUCUGUGA